AUGGACACCAAUACCUUCGAUAACUUGCUAAAGCGUGUGACGCCAAUUAUUAAGCGAAACAACACAAGUUGGCAGGAAUGCAUAUUCCCAGGUGAAAGGCUGGCAAUCACACUGAGAUACAUGGCAACAGGUGAAACUUACAAGAGUUUGUCUUAUCAGUAUCGGACACCAUCAACAACGAAAGAGUGGCACGACAUUGCCAACUCCUUUCAAAUGAAAUGGAACUUCCCAAAUUGUUUGGGAGCGUUGGAUGGCAAGCAUGUCAAUCUUCAACCACCACCAAAUUCAGGAUCAGAAUACUUUAAUUAUAAGAAUUCCUUUAGUAUGGUACUUAUGGCUCUGGUUGAUUCCUCAUAUAAAUUUUUAUAUGUUGAUUUUGGUACCAAUGGACGAGUGUCUGAUGGUGGAGUUUUCUCUAAAUGUUCAUUAGACAAGGGACUUAAAAACAAAGCAAUUGGAGUGCCAAAUGCAAGUCCACUGCCUGGUACUAAUGUAGAUGUGCCUUACAUGAUUGUUGCAGAUGAGGCAUUUCCAUUACGAGAAGAUAUUAUGAAGCCGUAUCCCCUGAGGCAGCUUACAAAAGAACAAAGAGUAUUCAAUUACCGCCUUUCAAGGGCUAGACGGGUGUCUGAAAAUACUUUUGGAAUUUUUUCAAAUCGAUUUGGAGUUUUCCGAACAACAAUCAAAAUUAGACCAGAAAAUGUGGAGCCUUUAGUGUUUGCAUGUGCAGCAUUGCACAAUAUGCUAAGAUGCAAUACAGAAUACGCUUCCACACAUUUAGUUGUUGAAG